UACUACCACUGACUGGAAGUGUUGACAAGGUCUGGGUUAACCCCCCUAGUGUAUUGUUCAAAUAUAGAACUCUGCAGUGAAGGAUAUCAACGUCAAUCACCGACAGGUCUACACGUACAUGUACAACUGUUGUAGUUUUAUCACGAAUACGGAAUGACACGAACAUAUAUUUAAUACGAUAAAGAUAAACAAGGCAAGUGAGCAUGGCAGAUUCAACACUAUAUGAAGUCCCCUAUGAUGAUACAGAAAAUUGCGGCCAAAGCCAUAACUUCAGUCGAGCAGAGCCAGAACCAAUACCAAACAGUCCAAUCUAUAUGGAACCAACGUCUGGAGCAUUCCCCCAUGGUGAGGCAAUUUACUCUACGUUGACGCCAACAUCUGGCCCAAUCAAUAGCCAAUCAGACGAUGGGUACGUUCACUUAAACCUUGUCAAUGAUGGCAAAGGUAAAACCAAAAGACCCAAGGACCUUCAAGAUAGCACCGACAGAGAACUUCACGACAAGAGUCAGCGUUGUACGCUACACCGUCGAGGGUUGAUAUUGACGUUGGUAGUGUCGCUGUUGGUUAAUGUUGCUUUAAUGAUAGCUUUAAUCACUGUUGCUACGAACUCUUCCAGGAACGAAAGUGAGACUGAUACAGUUGAUCCAUGCAACAAUUACACGGUACUGGCUGAUCACUGGAGGAAUAUAUACACACAGACGGAAUUUUCCCCACCACACUGCGAUGGGUCGAGUAACCCUUACAAUACUGCUUGGGCCGUCCAGUGGUACCGUUUCAUGCCGCCAGCUGGAACGAAACUAGCCGAUAAGUGUGCGCCGUACAAGGGCUGCGGGACAGGGGUGACGCUUUACUUGAACGGGACAGUACCUGCUGUCAAGGGUACAGAGGCGCGAGUCCGUGUGUGUGCCACGUGGAGAUAUGGCUGCUGCAGGAGCUGGAUCCCAACCGCACAUCCCUCCUCCAUACUGGUCAAGAAUUGUGGAAGUUACUUCAUUUAUAAACUGCCUGGAGUGUCGGCCUGUUAUUCUGGUUAUUGUGCAUCGUUUUGAUCCACAUUUUACAAUAUAUUGUGAUUUUUAGCUGUUUGAUCCAUGUUUGAAAUGCACAUUUGCAGUUGUCAAAUCUACGCGUUUACGGGUAUUCUUCGCAUAGUUUUGGACAGACUCCCAUCAAAUUAUUUACAUUGUAAACUGUCAUUCUAUCGUUAUAUUAGUAAUUGUGUAUAAGACAGUAACUAUGCAUUCUGAGCACUGUAAUGUUGGCAAGAUUCUUUUAAGUGAGCAUACCUUGUAUUAUCUCUUUUUACACCAGGCAGUAGAUGUUCGAUUCAUCAAUGUGAAAAAAUAUUUUAUAAUAAAUUGAGUUUUCUAUUUUAA